ACAGGGCCGUGCCUGUGGCCGAGCGGCGCGGCGACGCGAUGGAUAGAAGAAGUUUCGACGGGCGAAGGAGGCGAUGAUGUUGUGGUGUAGCCUCCUGGGUCCCCUGCUGGCAUUUGGACAGCAGACCCCGGCGCCGGUGGAAUUCGAUGAGGGGAGGAUGAGUGACCAAACCAAAGAUGACUUCGCGGCGUUGUUUGACGAGAACUUCAUGCAGAAGAUGGUGGACUGCCAACAACUGGCAGGUGAUACCUGUGACGUCACUGGAAUGGCUGAGUACAUGGUGCAGGUGGGUCAACGGAUGCAAAAUCUGGUGAACAACUGCAAAACUGACUGCACCCAUCCGCCUCAAGUGUGCAAGGACUUUUGGCUGGCCUUUGAAGCUAAUCCAUCAGCCCUGCGCAAUGGAUGUGCACAGACUGGCAACUGGCCUGGCGUGUGCACGGUGUUCUAUCGAGAGCUCCAAACCCGCGUGGCGGACGAGACCUGGGAACUGGGAGUCAUGUGCAGUAUGAUCGAUGCUGGACUGAACUUGGAACGAAUGCCCACAUGUAAUACGCUGGCUUUAAUGACCACAGUCAAUAGACCGACGUUGGUGGACGGAGGCUGUGCUUUCGCCACUCAAGAAGAAUGUGUGACGAACCUCUGUGACAUGUACAGCCAGUUCGCAUGGCGCAUGCGGCCCAGAAACUUGAUCCCUCAGGCGUUUAAGGUGCCAUUUGACUACACAUACAUCUUGUCCGGAUGCGAGAAUGUGGCUGCUCUGGACCUCUACAGCAAUCGAGCAGAAUGCCCCAAGCGUUUGGAUGUCAUCAGCUUUUGUGACUGUUUGUGUCCAGCGAUGUCUGACAUCCAGCCCUAUGACAGCAUCCAAUGUCCGGUGGUCAUUGAUUCCUACCUCCUUUUUGGCAGGUUGGGAAUUUCCAACUGGACCUUAGAUCCGGCGUGCGACUCGGAACUCUGCGAUGCCUUUGCCGCCCGAAGGCUGCAUCCCUCCUGCGCGGAGACGAAGUUGCCUGGUCCCAUGGAAUGUCUGGGCAUGCAGAUCUCACAGGUUUUGCCAGAGAAUUCGCCCUGUCCCUGGAAGAACCAUUCGGGUGAAUUGAACAUGAUGGAAUGUCUGAAUGGACAUCGCUGCAACAUUGCCACAGAGGGGUGGGCGUGCUGUGAAAAUCACCGUGGACGAGGGAAGUGUCCUUUGCAGUUUCCAGUGAUGUGCGAUACGCUUUGCUCUGGCAUCACUGAAUACUGUUGUAGAGAGGAAGGAGCAUGCACGCCCAGAGGCUGUCCGGUGAUUCUCGAGCGAGAGAUUUUCUACAAGGAGGAGACCACCACAUCCACCAGCACCACGGAAGCAGGUCGCACUGGUGCUUUGGAGGAACAGGGCUUUGCGAUCCGCUUGCCGCAAGGAAGCUGGGUUUGGUUGCUAGUCCUGGUUCCUUUGGCCGGCGGCAUUGUUUGGUUCUGCUACAUUCGUUAUAAAGACCGAAAGCCCACUGUGGAUAGCGAUGAUGGCGAGGAUGCAUCAAUCAUGGGAAUGAAACUGGACAAGUUUGGUUUCUUCAAGAGUUACAAAGCGGAGAACAAAGAAAGGGAUGACAUCAAGCCUCACGUGUGCAUCGUGAUGAGCGAUUUACCCGAUUCACGGCCCUUGGGUUUGGAGCUGAUGGAGCUUCGCGUCAUUCGUGUCCACCCAUGGGGAGCCAAACAUGGCUGGCAGGUGGGUGACAUCAUUGUAGACAUCGCUGGUCAUCCGGUCAAAACCUUUGAAGAGCUCUGGGACCGAAUCCAGGUGGAGCGCAACCGUCCUCCGGUGCGCUUCACCGCGGAGCGAUGGAACGUGGCGCCCACCGUGGAGGAGAAGAAGGCUGCUGAGAGCUUGGACGACCAGGUCGCGGCGAAGACGAUGAAGCAACGGGUGGCGGAGGAUCGAGAGAACAGGUCAAAAUCCAGGAUAGCGAGCAAAAAUAUUCAGGAAGAAAUGGCAAAGCAGGCGGCUCAGCCUCGAAGCCUGGGGCCAAACGCCAUCCCUGGAAUGAUGCAGGGUUACGAUGAUGACGAGUACGAGGAUGAUGAGGACUACUCCUACUAUUCAGAGGAUGAUUCCCGUGUGAUGACAGCCCAAAGGGUGAACUUCCCUACGGGACGCUUCAAGUCUAGGUUUACCGCCGUCUUCGAGGUGAUCGAAAUUUUCAAAGACGAGGAGACGUCUCAGCAUCGUCCCGGGACGCCCAACGUCGUGAUUGAGCAGAAGCCUGAAAAGAAGGUAAAGGUGGUGGUGCAGGAGGAAGCCGUUGAUACCUCGAAGCCGACGGAUGAUGAGAAGACCCGGGUCUUCCCCGUGGACUUUGAACGUCGGACCUUCCAUCGAGAUAAGGUGGUUUUUACCAAGGAUGCCUGGGGCCGCUCAGUCGUGAAGGUGAUGAAUCCCACACAGCGCAAACCUGACCUGUGAGCGCCAGAUGCGGCGUCAGGCGAGCUGUUUUUAAGAUGGCCGAAAGUAUCCUAAGUAUAAGU